CUCUCAAAUCCGUUUCCGGGUGGGAAUAUUGUUCAUGAAGUAAAGUCUGCUUGAAAAUCCAUUGGGGGGACGAACUUGUCGGCCACAAUUUAAGCUCGCAGAAUGUCCCGAGGCUCGAGUGCUGGGUUCGAUCGACACAUCACCAUAUUUUCCCCCGAGGGGAGACUCUACCAAGUCGAAUAUGCUUUCAAAGCUAUAAACCAAGGCGGCCUCACGUCGGUAGCGGUCCGAGGGAAGGACUGUGCAGUUGUUGUAACACAAAAAAAAGUUCCGGAUAAGCUCCUGGAUGCCUCCACAGUGACCCACCUCUUCAGAAUAACAGACAACAUCGGAUGUGUAAUGUCUGGGAUGACGGCUGACAGCAGGUCUCAGGUCCAGCGAGCUCGCUACGAGGCAGCCAACUGGCAGUACAAGUACGGCUACGAGAUCCCAGUGGACAUGCUGUGUAAGAGAAUCGCUGACAUCUCGCAAGUCUACACGCAGAACGCCGAGAUGCGACCGCUAGGCUGCUGUAUGAUCGUGAUCGGCAUCGACGAGGAGUACGGCCCCCAGGUGUACAAGUGCGACCCGGCCGGUUAUUACUGCGGUUUCAAGGCCACCGCCGCCGGAGUGAAGCAGACAGAAGCCACCAGCUUCCUGGAGAAGAAAGUCAAAAAGAAACUGGACUGGACCUUUGAGCAAACCAUUGAGACGGCCAUUUCUUGUCUUUCGACUGUCCUUUCCAUUGACUUCAAGCCCUCCGAGCUCGAGGUGGGCGUCGUGACAACACAGGACCCAAAGUUCAGGAUUCUGACAGAGUCUGAAGUAGACACCCACCUCAUGUCCUUGGCAGAGCGGGACUGAGCGAGCAGAGAGCGGCCACCUGUUUGACUGACGUAGAGCAUGAUGGGAAGUGCAGUUCCCAGAAGGAGGCUGGUGUUUAUCUUUGUUUGCUGUACAUUUAUCCCUCUCUCCUCCCCCCCUCCCCCCUUCCUUCCCACGAUUUCAUUCAACAAUAAAACAAGUUUUUUGGAGUAAAAUAA